AUGUGUUAUAGUGAUAAUAGUACUAAUUAUUAUCAACAAUCUAUCCAGAUUAGUAUUGGAUGUAUCGGUAUAUUAUCAUUCAUUGCACAUUUUAUUGCAUUCAUUCUUUGGACUACUUAUAUUCUAGGUUGGAGAACAAUAAUAAAAUGGAAAUCUAUACAACGUAAAAGACAACUAAAUUAUAAUUUUAUGACUACUAAUCCAUCUUGUACUAUAUUACAAACAAUGACAAAAGUUACAACGACGACGACAACAGCGACAACAGCAGUAAAUACACUAAUCCAUCGAAAUGAUAUCAAUACAUCAGAACAAAUACAAUCUAUGAUAACACCAAAAAAAAUUUUAAUAUGGCCUAAUUGUUCAUUAAGAAUAUCAAUUCAAAUUAUUAUAUUAUCCAUGGAAUUCAUUAAUAUUAUAGGAUGUUGUACAGAUUUAACACGUUUAAUCUAUUUAUCAAUGACUAGUAAUGAUUUGCGUUUAUUAACCAAUGAUUGGUUAUGUAGAAUACAAAUCUUUUUAUCAUUUAUCUCAUGUGAUAUAUCUGGUUGGCAUUUUGUAUGUUUAUGCAUUGAACGUUGUUAUAUUAUAUUAUUUCCAAGAAAUUAUUAUAGUAUCAAUCGUACAUCCAUUAAACCAGCUUUAAUUAUGAUUUUAUUUAUUUAUUUUAUAGCUAAAACAAAUGAUCAUUGGAUUGAUAAUUUAUUUAAUUUAUUAUCUAUUCUCUAUUGGUUUGUAUUGACAAUUACUAGUUAUGUAUUAAUGUUAGGCACUAUCACUGUACGUCAUGAUAUAAAAACGAUAUUAUUAAUUAUAUGGUAUAAGAUAUGGAAACGAAAUUCAUUCAUUCAUUAAUUCAUUAUAUAAAUCGUUUGCUUUUUUUUUAUUUAGCCAAUUGCAUUAUUCAUGUAGAAUAAUACAAAAUAUUGGAGAGUUGUUUUCUUUUUCAAUACAAAUUCAUUUCGGAUAUUCUUCUCCUUUUUCUCCUUUUUUGUUGUUGUUGUGGUGGUGGUGGUAGUGGCGGUU